GCUAGCUAGAUGAUUUGAAUCAAUCUGAACUGCAAAUGAAUGCCUCCUUAAUUAAGGAAACUAAUUAUUACUCUACACAGUACAGUACACAAACCCUCCACAACAAUAAAAAGGAAACUAUAAAAGCCCUAGCGGCAGCCGGCGGACCGUCACCUCCCGAUCACUACUCCAUAAACGACGCCGUAGAGGAGGGAAGUUUUGGAGGAAAAUAAUUAAACACCGCCCCAUUCGCACUCUGCUUUUCCAACUGCCGCAAACUCCCAACAAUGGCGCCGCCGCGGCAGCAGCAAAAGACCAACGACGACGUGAUCGGAAUCGACCUGGGCACAACCUACUCCUGCGUCGCCUUCUCCCGCAACGGCAAGACCGAAAUCAUCGCCAACGACCAAGGCAACCGCACCACCCCUUCCUCCGUCGCCUUCUCCGCCGAAAAUUCCGAGCGCCUCGUCGGCGACGCCGCCAAGAACCAGGCCGCACUCAACCCCCGCCGCACAAUCUUCGACGCCAAGCGCCUCAUCGGAAAGAAAUUCGACGACGCCGAAGUCCAAUCCGACCUCAAAUACCUCCCCUACCCCGUCGUCAACAGAGACGGAAAACCCUACAUCGAGGUAGAGCUCAAAUCGGAGGUCAAAUCGUUCAGCCCCGAAGAAAUCAGCGCCAUGAUUUUGGGGAAAAUGAAGGAAACUGCCGAAUCCUACCUCGGGAACCCAAUCACCGGCGCCGUCGUCACCGUCCCGGCCUACUUCAACGACGCACAGAGGCAGGCGACAAAAGACGCCGGCAGAAUCGCCGGUCUGAACAUCCUCAGGAUCAUCAACGAGCCGACCGCCGCCGCGAUUGCGUACGGCCUCAACAACACCAAGCAACAAAUUGGGCGGAAAAGGAAGAAGAAGAACAGCGUGAAGAGCAAGAUUCUCGUGUACGAUUUGGGAGGCGGGACGUUUGACGUCAGUGUGAUGGAAGUAGACGGAAAAGAGUUUCGCGUGCUGGCGACUGGUGGGGACACGCAUUUAGGAGGAGGAGAUUUUGAUCAGAGAGUUUUGGAUUAUUUUAUGAAAUUGAUUAAACGAAAGCACAAGAAGGAUAUUGGUGGGGACAGCAAGGCGAUGGGGAAGUUAAGGAGGGAGUGCGAGAGGGCGAAGAGGGUGCUGAGCAGCCAGAGCGAGACUAGCAUCGAGAUAGACUCGUUGUUUCGAGGGAUGGAUUUUUCGGAGCCGCUUUCGAGGGCGAAGUUCGAGGAGUUGAAUUUGGAUCUGUUUAACAAGACAUUGGGAGUGGUGAAGGAGACGAUGGGGGAUGCGAAGAUCGAGAAGGGCGAGAUCGAUGAGAUCGUGCUGGUGGGAGGGAGCACGAGGAUUGUGAGGCUGAGGGAGAUGCUGAAGGAGAUGUUUGAUGGGAAGGAGCCGAAUAAAGGUGUUAAUCCUGAUGAAGCUGUGGCUUAUGGUGCUGCGGUGUUGGCGGCCAGUUUGAGAGGACAAGCUGCUAGGUUCGAUGUCAGUUUGUUUGACGUGACUCCGUUGAGUUUGGGGGUUAGCAUUGUUGGUGAUUUGAUGUCAACGAUGAUCCCAAGGAACAGUACUAUCCCUGCCAAGGUUACAUCGACUUUGUGGACUGUUGAGGACCAGCAGACCAGUAUUAACUUCGAGGUACUUCAAGGUGAAAGAACCCUAGCCAAGGAUUGCCUUGAGCUUGGAAGUUGCGUCGUAGAAGGCAUUCCACCGGGUCCACGGGGUGUUGGUAACGUUGAGAUUACCUUUGAGAUUGAUGCAGACGGAAUUCUAAAGGUGACUAGUAAGAACAAUGCGACAAAGAAAUCUGAAUCUUUGAUCAUUGAUAACUACAAAGGAAAUCUGAAGGAGGAAGAGGUCGAGAGGAUGAUAAUGGAAGCGGAGCAUAUGGCAGAGGAAGACAAGAAAACGAAGGAUCGUGUCGAAGCAAGGAACCGAUUGGAGAGGUAUAUAAACGACGUCAAGACGGCGGUGGGCGAUCGUAAUGUCAAUAUCAAGUGGGAUCGACGUGACAAGACCAAAGUGGAGAUUGCACUGAGAGAAGCAUCAAAAUGGUUUGAUGAAAAUGGAGGGAAUCCAUCAUCGUCUAAGGAAGAUUUCGAGAAGACAAUGAAGAAGCUGAAAGAUGUGUCUUACCAUGUCAUAAGCAAGGAUUAUGUGUGGAUCGAUGAUGAUGAUGACUGAUCGACGUGGACUAAUUUAGCCUGUUAGGGAAAAGCAAGGUUUUUGCAAAUUGCUCGACGGUUACAUUAUUAGGUUUUGAGUACUUAUUGACGUUUUACUUGCUAACUAGCAUUAGUUAGGUUUAAAGUUUCAAAAUGGUUUGUGGGAUUCACACCUUUAUUCGGCUCCUUCCCAUUGAACAUCUCCCUCGGCUUCACAAUCCUAGUGCUCCCUCCCACAAGCACGAUCACAUCGAACCUCAUUAUACGCAAGGUUUAUAUGUAGAUUAGUGAGGACUUAUCGACAUAGGUUAAUUAAUGCUCAUCUGUCACUUCAUUAGUUUUGGAGUUAAUUGACAUUUUGGUGGUUAUUUUUUGUUUUAUGUGACAUUUUGUUAGUUUUUCUUCAUUUUCUUAAUGAAAAAUAUAGGGUUGG